UCGUGCUCCGUACUCAGAAGGUUAAAGAUGCGUCGCUCUCAAUGGAAUUCGUGUGGUGGUGCGGUGCUUUUGCUGCUCCUGGCGGGCGGCUGCAGCCUGGCCUGGGCCUACCUGCCCGAUGUGAAUAUCUUCACCAACUACCGCACCGAGGUGUACAAUGGCAUUCCAUCGGAGAUUGACACUACGCCGUUUGUGAGGAUCGCGGACAACUACUACUAUAUCGAGCCGAUGAACAAGGUGAAUUGGUUUCAGGCGGCCGGGGCCUGUCGCAUGAUGAACGCCCAUUUGGCGGCCAUCGAGGAUAAGCCGGAGAUGGAGGCGCUGAUCAAGUAUAUGAAGGCGAAAGGAUUCCAGAACAACGAUUACUUUUGGGUAUCGGGCAAUGAUCUCGGCACUGAGGGUGCCUUCUACUGGCUGUCCAAUGGCCGGCCGAUGACCUAUGCACCCUGGAACGGGCCCAAGCAAAUGCCGGACAAUUAUGGGGGCAACGAGAACUGUGUCCAUAUGUUCGCCACUCGCGAAUUGAUCAACGAUGCCAACUGCAAGAUCCAGAUGCUCUAUGUCUGCGAAUCCAGCGAGCCGAAAACCUUCAAAUUUACCUACAUCAAAUGGUAGAAAAUAUUCAUGAAAGGACUCGAGACGAGGCGCACGCAUCGCAUAGUUUUAGCCGGCUUUUUAUUAUCCGCUGUUUUUGUUUUUGUAUCAUUUUUAAUCGUAAUCGUAAUCGUAUCGACUAUCGCUCUCAUUAUCAUUUUUCUCAUUGUUUUCUGAUUCCAUUCCAUUUC